CGAGCUGAUGCUUUCCUUUCGUGCAAAUGGGUUUGUUAGAUCCAUUGAUCGUGAGAGAUGCAAGGAAAUUUAUCAAACGCAAAGACAGCGACGCAGGCGAAGCAGGGCAAGCAUUGGAGGAAUUGAGAGGUUCUCUCUUCAACGAGCUUCGAACCUCAGAAGGAGCUAAGCGUCAACAACAACGGUUUUGUGGACCUUCUGUGGCACUGACCUUCAACUUCUUCGUCGCCGUUGGAAUAAUCCUGGCAAACAAAUUGGUUAUGGGGAAGGUUGGAUUUAAUUUUCCAAUCUUCCUCACAUUGAUCCACUAUUCCGCUGCGUGGGUACUGCUAGCAAUUUUCAAAGCACUUUCAUUGCUUCCCAUAUCUCCUCCUUCCAAGUCCACACCAUACUCUUCUCUCUUUUUCUUGGGUGCUGUCAUGUCUUUCUCUACUGGCCUUGCCAAUAUCAGCCUAAAGCAUAACAGUGUUGGGUUCUACCAGAUGGCUAAGAUUUCGGUCACUCCAACCAUUGUCCUGUCCGAGUUCAUUCUCUUCAGGAAAAAGGUUUCCUUCAAUAAGGUUCUGGCUCUUACUGUUGUCUCAAUCGGUGUUGCAGUGGCCACUGUGACAGAUUUAGAGUUCAACUUGUUUGGUGCCUGUGUUGCAUUAGCAUGGAUAAUCCCAAGUGCUAUAAAUAAAAUUCUCUGGUCUAAUCUGCAACAGAAAGGCAACUGGACUGCUCUAGCGUUGAUGUGGAAGACCACACCAGUGACUAUCUUUUUCUUGCUGGCUUUGAUGCCAUGGCUAGACCCACCUGGAGUGUUGUCCUUCAAGUGGGAUUUCAACAGCACAUCUGCUAUCACCAUAUCAGCUGUCCUUGGCUUUCUCCUUCAAUGGUCUGGAGCUUUGGCACUUGGUGCAACAUCAGCAACUUCCCACGUUGUUUUAGGUCAGUUCAAGACUUGUGUGAUCAUGCUAGGAGGAUACCUAAUUUUCAGUUCAGAUCCUGGGUCUAUGAGCAUCUGUGGAGCUGUUGCGGCUCUUUGUGGAAUGGCAGUGUAUACCUCACUCAACUUACAGGAAGUAGAAGAGGCAAAUGAGCAGAUCAGAAAGCAGAAUUCAUUUCCUUUGACACCCAAAAUCAGUGCUGGUGGCGCCACAGAAAAGCAAGAUGUAAAGAAUAAUGCCCCGGAAGCUGUCUGAAACUGUGGACUAGAGAGAGACUUGUGAAAAUUAACCCAUUUCCCAUUGGUUAUAUUCUUGUUAACUUACAAAAAAAAAUUUUGUUUUGGUCAAUAUUCUUAUUUAAACUUUCAGUGAUGGAUAAAGACUAAAUCAUGUACAGACAUGACUUUCCACAGUUUUGGGAACUUACUAUUCAAUCAUUUAC